AAAGAAGAAGUCUCCCUGGGUGACGUCACAACAGGCUGCAGUGGAGGGGGCCUGCUCUGAGAAAGAUGUCGGCCUCCAAGGUGAAACAGGACAUGCCUCCUAAGGGAGGCUACGCUCCCUUUGAUUACAAGAGAAAUUUACCAACGCGCGGAAUUUCAGGAUCUAUUCUGGUCUCUAUCAUCCUUGGUAUCACGGCCGUUGGCUAUUGGCGGGUGUUUAAGUGGAACAGAGAGAGGAGGCGCCUCACCAUCGAGGAUAUGGAGACGAGAAUCGCGCUUAUGCCUCUGAUGCACGCAGAAAGGGACCGAAAUGUUUUGAGGAUGAUGAGAGAGAACUUGGAAGAGGAGGCGAUUAUUAUGAAAGACGUUCCAGGUUGGAAGGUUGGUGAAACCGUCUUCCAUGCAGAUCGCUGGGUCACCCCGAUGGUGUACGAGCUUUACGGUCUACGGCCAAAAGAAGAGUAUUUGCACAGCAGGUUUGGCUUCCUGACAGAGUAGACGCUGCACAAGUACUCUAGGAACACCACCCCAAGGCCCACCUCGUCCUCAUCACUUAUAAACAUUCAAUAAUAAAAAUCUUUGUUCUGCA